GGCCGCUGGGGCUGCUGCGGGCGAGGGGCCCCGGCGGCCGCGGCGACCAGGGCGGCCCGCGCCGGCUGUCCAUGCGCCCGCACUCGCUGGAGACCCGCAUCCUGCAGGUCGACCAGGUGGACACGGUGGUGUUGGAACCGCCGGGCGGCGUGGAGCCCGAGGCCCCCUUCGUGGACGGGCAGCUGGGCCUGGGGGACCUCUCGCCGACGGCGGUGACGCGGCUACCCCGGGGGUCCUUCUUCCAGGACGAGGACUUCCCCGCCUCCAGCGAGUCGCUCGGGUUCGCCGAGCCCCCCGAACUGCGCUGGCGCAGACCAGGGGAGCUGGGGGUGACGGGGCCGCUCUGGACGGGGGACACCAGCGGCCGCGUGCGCGCCGGGGACUUCCACGACCGUUGGCUGGCCGAGGCCUUCGCCAUCGUGGCGCAGAGGCCGCGCCUGCUGGACAAGGUGUUCGGCGAGCCCUCUCCGCCGGACCUCCGUGGCGUCGCCAGGGUGAGGCUGUGGCGCUUCGGCCGCUGGGAGACGGUGGUGGUGGACGACCGGCUGCCCACCCCGCACUGCAUCGGCACCGACGGCGACGCCGAGGUGUGGCCGGCCGUCCUCGAGAAGGCCUUCGCCAAGGUCCACGGCGGGUACGCCUUCCUCGCCGGCGGGGACGUGCUGCACGCGCUCGAGGACCUCACGGGCGGGGUGGCCCAACGCCUGCGGGUCCACUUCGAGCGGCCCCGGAGGGUCACGGAGGACGGCGAGGCGGAGGGCGCGGAGCCGGAGCCGAGGCCCCAGGAGAGGGAGUCGCUGUACACCCUGGUGUUCCGGCCGCUGGUGCAGGCCCUGAGGAUAGGGGCGCUCGUGUCGUGCUCGCCGAAGAGGGGCCAGCAGCAGGGCGAAAGUCUGGAUAUAUCCGUCAGCACCUUGACCGACACAAAGCUGACCAUAAGAGGACCGCAAGUGUGUGUCCAUGAUGAUUCAGGAAGUUCAGCACCCCGUUGGUUGGAUCUUGAGGACUUUGUAAAGACUUACACCAAUAUCAUAGUGACUACACUCAGUACAGGAUCAGAUAAGUUACAGGUACAAGAAGUCUUUGGGUUCUGGGAGGCAGGCAUCAAUGCAGGAGGAAGCAGAAACAACUUAGAAAAAUUCGCAAUCAAUCCUCAAUAUUCACUCACAAUAAAUCAGCCAGAAAAAAAUGAAGACAAUAGGGACUUUGGACGCUGCUCUUUGCUCUUGGCUCUCAUGCAAGAGCACCGUAAAAGUAAUAAGGACAACAAGCCCCCUGUCUUACCUAUAGCUUGUUUUAUAUACAAAGCUGAUGUUCCUGAGGAACGGCUAAGCGCAGAGUAUUUUCUCUGCGUACCUGAAGAGGUUGCUACUGGGCCUUUCAGAAACAAGAGGGAGGUUGCCCACCAGGCUGAGCUAGAACCAGGCAACUACAUUGUUAUCCCCGCAGCAUGGUCGGCACUGCAUCAGGGAGGAUUUCUCCUCAGAAUAAUCACACUAAGGAAAAUAAAAUUAACCGCUCUUACACCAUACCAGCCAAUGUGUGCAAUGCUCCCAACAUGGGUGCCGGCAACAGAAAUUUAAGCAACAGUAACGUACCAGCAUAUCUUUUUUUGAUUGAAUAAGUGGAGAAUCAAAGCAAAGACAAAGACAGGGUAUAUAAAUUUUACAUCUAUAUUAUGUCCACCAUAACUGCCAAAUUAGCUUUAGGUGUUCUAUUUUGUAGAACUUUUUAUUAGAUAGAAAUCAAUAAAUUGGGAAAUAAAAAAUAUGUGCAGACCA